AUCAAAUUCGCCAGGUACAACAUGGUGUUUACUCCAUUUACAGGGGUUGACCAUCAUAAGAGCUGCAUUACUUUUGCUGCUGGUUUCAUAGCAAAGGAAGAUAUAGUGUCAUUUGAGUGGUUGUUCAAAUCAUUUCUCAAGGCAAUGGGUGGAAAUGAACCGAAUUGUAUGAUUACAGAUCAAGAUCCAGCAAUGAAAAUUGCUGUUAAAAGUGUGUUUAACAAGACUGAACAUCGCUUCUGUAUGUGGCACAUAAUGAAAAAGUUACCAGAUAAGGUGGAGAAAUCAAUCAUGCAAGAAGAAACUGGUUUCCUAAAAAACUUAUGUGCUUGUGUUUGGCAUCUUAAAAUUGAACCUACUGAGUUUGAAGAAAGGUGGAACAAGGUGAUGGUUGAAUACCACUUGGAAGAACAUGAGUGGUUAGGUUAUAUGUACAAGAUAAGGAACAAGUGGAUUCCGACGUAUUUCAGAGAUGUGUUCCUUGGAGGAAUAAUGCGUACAACAUCAAGAUCCGAAAGCGAAAACAACUUUUUCUGCUCCUUUAUCAAUCCUCAUGUGUCACUUGUUGAGUUUUACUUGAGAUAUGAAGCUGCAAUUGAUGCCCAGAGACACACUCAAGGUCAGAAUGAUAAUGUUUCAAAGCACAAAUAUCCUGAGUGCAAAACACCACUAGGGAUAGAAAAGCAUAAAGAAAAUGGAUUGGAAGUUGCAAAAGUAAGUGAAGGAAAUCGGAUUAGAACAUUUGAUGUUGUGUUUAAUCCAACUAACUAUGACACCACAUGUUCUUGCAAGCUAUUUUAUAGACAAAGAAUUCCAUGUAGACAUAUGAUUUGGGUUUGGAAAGCAAAAAGGUUUGAAACCAUUCCUGAGCAGUAUAUGCUACACAGAUGGACUACUAUGGCACUAAAAAAACCAAUUUUUGACUUGGGUGGAAACCUGUUGGAGCAAUGUGCUAAUUUAAUUGACAAGAAAAAAUUGUUAAAUGAUUUAUGGUCAGAGAUACACACUUGUGUAAGUUUGGCAGAAGGCAAUGAUGAAGAUAUUCAAGAUCUUGUGAUAAAUCUUCAAGGAAUAAGAAAGGAUUUGGAGGCUAAGAGGAUUGCAAGGAAUAAUGAAACAACAUGA